CCCCCGCCUCGUCCUCAUUUAUGUCAAUUCAAAUUUACGAUCUGGUUUUUAUCUUUCCGCUGGUAUAUCCUCUGUUUUUAUGUCAUCGGGGAUUCGAGCCUGGCCAGUUUACAUAAGAACAGACUGCGCGGCCGUAAGAGUGCCAUAUUUUCGCAAGAUUUAGAUUUUUUUCAAACAUGAGUGGAAACGCCGGCAACACGAAUUGCGAAUGUCUCCUCUAAAAAAUAAUUAUUUUUUUUAAAGUUCAACUCGAGUGAUUCAGUCAGUCGGCAGGCCGUACAAAACACACCUAUAUAGUUUAUUCUGGAGCACAGCACUGUGACUUUGGAAUAACCUCUUCAACCGUGCGCGAGGAUUGUUUGAAGAAGAAAACGACAAAACUCUAUUUCGACGCCACUCAAGCUUUUCCGGGAAUGGUAGGAGAAGUUACAAGCAGGGGUGUGCCCUCGGUGACACUUUCGGGGUUGAUUAUUUCGUUAAAGAAUCUUCAGUUAUGGGAUUAAACAUCUCGGCUGGGCGGACAUUGCAAGAGGAAGGAUCACUGGAUGCCAGAAAUGAUGAUAAGAUUGUAAAAUACAUGAAGGAUGUGAUAAAUGGGGACAAUGUUGAUGUAUCCAGAGAGGAUGACGAAGACCCUUUCUUUGUGUUAGAUCUGAAGGAUGUGGAGAAGAAGCACCACCUAUGGAAGCAGGAGUUUCCAAAUGUGCAACCAUUCUAUGCUGUUAAAUGCAACUCCAACAGAAGAGUACUAGAAAUGUUAGCUAUACUUGGAGCUGGUUUUGAUUGUGCGAGCAAGGCGGAGUUACAGCAGGUGCUUGAUCUAGGCGUUCAGCCUAAUAGGAUCAUAUAUGCACACCCAUGCAAAGCCAAAUCACACCUCAUGUUCGCCAAGGAGAACGAUGUCCGACUCAUGACGUUCGACAACGAGGACGAGCUCGUCAAAAUAAAAGAAGUCUUUCCAAAAGCGAGAUUGGUGUUGCGGAUAUGGGCCGAGGACACAACAGCAGUGUUCCCUCUAUCGGUGAAGUUUGGUUGCCAACUUCAUGAAGUUCACCAUCUUUUGAAAGCAGCGAAAAAGCUCGAUCUUACUGUUGAAGGAAUCAGUUUUCACGUUGGUUCUGGAAGUGGCGAUCCCGAGUCUUACUACACGGCCAUACAAGACGCCCGGACGGCUUACGAUAUCGGCAACCGCAUCGGACACGACUUGCGUAUGAUCGAUAUCGGAGGAGGGUUCCCGGGGAAAGAGUCAUCAUCCGUCCCUUUCCAAAAGUUUUCUGCUGCUGCACGGAGAGCGAUUACCAAAUACUUUCCAGAAUCAGACAUACAGAAUCCGCGGAUAAUCGGAGAACCGGGCACGUUUUAUGUCCAGUCUGCAUUUUCACUCGCGGUUUGUGUAAUUGGGAAACGGGAUCUUCUUAAAAAUCCCUUUUUAGAUCCUAAAGAUGAGAACUGGAACAGUAUAGAUCUAAGCGAAACUCCUGAAGUGGCUUAUUAUAUCAACAGCAACGUAUAUUCAUCUUUUAAAGACGCUAAACUCAUGGAUACUGUAUUUGAUGUGGAGGUUUUGAAGAGUUCAAACAUCAAUGGCAAUAAAAGGUCAUCUAUUCUAUGGGGUAAUACAACUAGCGGGUUCGACUGCGUGAGGAGACAUUGUCAGCUACCGGAGCUUGAGGAGGGUGAUUGGCUGUUAUUUAGAGAUAUGGGUGCUUAUGCGAUGGCAAUCUCAUCUAAAUACAGCGGCUUCAAAUUACCUAUAUGCUACACUCUGCAAAAAGACGAGUGAAUUUUCACUCGCUCUUCACUCCCAGUUGUCGUGGCGCGUCAAGGAUCACCCAAUUUGGAGUGAAUUUUACGAGACAUUAUUGCAAAAGGGACCGUUCUAUUCAAAAUUCAACUGUUGUAAGGGUGAAAUUCGCUGAACAACAAGGGAAAGUUACUCUUAAUCUAGUGCAUUUAUUCAUACGCGCUAUGUAGUCCGGGUUAUAAUUGAGCAAGGUGCCACACGGAAAAGGAGAAAUUUUCAUAUAGUGCUACUAGACCAGUUUUUCACGCUGAAUAUGAAUAUAUGAGGUAACCAGGCUGUAUCCUGAAAAUUAACCCAUGAGGGCGCUUUUUUCAAAAUGGCCGCCAAAUUUUCAGAACAUUUGAAUUUUCGUACAUAGAUUUCGACAUAAACAUUC